AUGGGAUUUGAAAAGUUUAACCCGUUCAAGAAGGAUCGUCAGAACUUCCCUGGAGUUGUGAUUCCCUUAUCCGAAGCCCCAGCUUACCCCAAUGGAGCCCCACCUCCUGAAAAGGAGGAAAAAGUCGAUGAUUCCGUUGCCAGCAAGUCUUUGGAACGAGCUUCGUCUUCGGAGAAUGGUUCCGCUGGGUCUUUGCCGGAUACUAGCUACCUGACUAUUGAGCUUCUCCGUGCAGAGAUCGAUGCGGAGACCUCGACUUCGGGUCACGACUCUUUGUAUGAUCGCAAAGCAAAGGUCAUCAACCGGGCUCUUCAGGAUAUUGGCAUGGGCCGAUAUCAGUGGAAAUUGUUCUUCCUUUGUGGAUUCGGAUGGUUGGCAGAUAACCUCUGGCUCCAGGGAGUUGCCUUGACAUUGACACCAAUUGCGUAUGAGUUUGGCAUCGACACAUCAUGGGUUCGUUUCAGCACCUGCGCCCUGUUCCUAGGUCUAUGCAUCGGCGCUUCAUUCUGGGGUGUCAUCUCCGACAUCGUCGGCCGCCGUCUAGCAUUCAACACCACCCUCUUCCUAGCCGCUGCAUUCGGUCUAGCAGCAGGUGGAGGUCCAAAUUGGAUCGGCACCUCCGCCUUAUACGCCUGUCUCGGUCUCGGCGUUGGCGGAAACCUGCCUGUGGACGGCGCCCUAUUCCUAGAGUUCUUACCCUGCGUCUCUGGAAACAUGUUGACAAUGCUGAGUGUCUGGUGGCCAAUCGGCCAGCUUAUCUCCAGUUUGCUCGCUUGGGCUUUCAUCCCGACUUACAGCUGCGCUAGCGCAGAGGGAUGUACAAAGGAAAAGAAUAUGGGCUGGCGCUAUCUCGUCCUCACCCUCGGUGCUAUCACCAUGUGCAUGUGGAUUGCCCGUUUCUUUUUCUUCCACCUGUACGAGUCGCCUAAGUUCUUGCUUUCGCGUGGUCGUCAGGAGGAGGCUGUUGCGUCUGUUCAUGGAAUCGCUUAUGAGAAUAAGGCGAAGACAUGGUUGACCAAUGAGAUCCUUAAUGAGAUUGGUGGAAUCGCUGAGACGAAGGAAGAGGAGAAACUUGCUGUUGGAGAGAUCGUCAAGCGGUUUUUCUCUAAGUUCUCUAUGGAGCGCAUUGCGCCUCUAUUCUCGAACAAGCGUCUGGGAUUCACUACCGCUCUCCUCUGGUUCUGUUGGACUACCAUCGGUAUGGGAUACCCGCUUUUCAACGCCUUCUUGCCUCAAUACCUCUCCCAGACUGGUGGUGAAACGAAUUCCUCUUACAUUACCUACCGCAACUACGCUAUUACCUCUAUCGUUGGUGUGCCGGGUUCCCUCCUGGCCUGCUACACCGUCGAGAUUAAGUAUGUUGGUCGGAAGGGCACCAUGGCUAUCGCCACUGUCAUCACUGGUGUCUUACUAUUCUGUUUCACUGUCUCGUCUACCUCGAAUGUCCAGCUCGUCUGUACUUGUCUCGAGGCUUUCUUCCAGAAUAUCAUGUACGGUGUUUUGUACGCCUACACACCGGAGGUGUUCCCUGCUCCAAACCGCGGUACUGGCUCCGGUAUCUCCAGCUGUUUGAACCGUAUCGCUGGUCUUUGUGCGCCAUUGGUUGCCAUCUUUGCUAGCAGCUCAAAUGCGAAUGCUCCGAUCUAUGCUUCGGGUGGUUUGAUGCUUGCUGCUUUUGUGGCUAUGGUCCUUCUCCCUAUUGAGACUCGGGGUAGACAAACUCUAUAA